AUGAGUCGUAAGAAUUCGGUCCCUUGGCCCAGUUGGUUAAGGCGUGGUGCUAAUAACGCCAAGAUCAGCAGUUCGAUCCUGCUAGGGACCAUUUCUCUCAAAUCACACAGGGCGUGUGGCGUAGUUGGUAGCGCGCUCCCUUAG